AUGACUUCACAAGGUACAGUGCAGAACACAUUUAAGGGAACCACACAGUCAUGAUGCAGAUGCAUGUUUGCUUCUUCUCAGAUGCAGCUAGCAUCAGCACUGACGUGUAUUUGCGUCAGCUAGGACUCAUCAGACAAAAAGAUUUUUUCUUUAAUUAUUUACUAUGACAACUUUGCUUUGUGUCAGGCAGAGCUAUAAAAUUCAAAACAAAUUCUCAGGUUUGAAGAAGCUGAAAAAUUUUCUUUUUGUAACCCAACAAGUUUAAAUUUCACCAGUGUGCGUGAAAUUUACUUGUCAAUGUCAUAAUUUUAUCAAGCUCAAAAUAUUAUCUUAUUCUGAUGUUGCUUGACAAUGUUCUCUUUGAAUACAUGAGUACAUGUAAUGUUGAAGUUCCCUUAAUUAUGUCAUACUAUUUGCUAUCUUUUAAAGAGCUAAGACAUGUCUUCAUGUCAAAAGAACUCCAAACAUAAUGGCCCAGUUUUGUUAUUUAAGACUACGUGCAUAUUUAAGAAGCUCUUUCCCGUUUUCUGUGGCUACGGAUGGACAUGAAUUUGAACAUGAAAAAAGCUUUAAUGCGAUACCGGAAAAAAUGAACUAACAAUUAUUGUGGUUAGUGCUCCUUGAUGAAAUUGUUUGAUACCUUCUUCAUGACUGUACAGGAGCAUUUUGUUUAUGGGUACAUGUAACGGCACUAAGUAACGACAUUAGCAUGGAAUUGACCUAAAACAGCAAUAUUAUUGCGACAUACAGUCAGACCUGUAUUAAGCGUUCACCCUUUGGGAAUUUCUUACUGGCAGCUUAGUAGAGUUUACGGCUUAAUUUACAAAUUUGUUUUGCCAUAAUUAAGGGAAAAUUAAUGAUAUCCAGGACUUUGGUGAGUGACUGCCUAGUAGAGGAUGGCUGUUUAAUAGUGGUUCACUUGUUGCAUGUUUGAUUGUAGCUCCUUUAAGCAGACACCCAUAGGAAGCAGAAAACAUGUCUUCAACUGAAGCUGGCUGCUUACGAGUACAUGUCUGACUGUUAAGAGAGCUUCAAAAGACUGUAAAAAGCUCAUGUAAUAUGUACAGUUUGUAAGCUGUGCCCUUGACUUUGAAGUGUGUCUAGCCUGCGAAAACAUCCGUUUCUCCUCGCUCUUCGCCUCUGGGGACGUUUCGCACGGAGGAACAUCUGCAACUCAGUGGCAGAAAUUCCAUACUGAUGACGCAAAUCAAUGUUUGCAUAAUAAAUCCGGUAGUCAUGAGGUUCCAAAUACAAAUUUGUCCAAUUUUACGUGUCUUCUGGUCGAUUUUGGUAAAGUGUUGUGUUCAUCUGCCAACGAGCUCCAGCAUAACUCAAACACUUCUUCUAGAGAAGAGUUUAUUCCACAAAUAUUGACUGUUUUGCUCGAGAUUCUUCGCAUUUACAUUGGACCUUUGUGGCCUUUUAUCUUUUGUCUGUCAAUAGCUAAAACAAUGUAACUACUCCAUCGACCAAUCAGCGCUUCUGACUGGAUUCCGGACAGAUUGUACGUCAUCAGUAUGAAAUUUCUGUUGCUGAGUCGCAGACGUUCCUCCUUGCGAAAUGUCCCCAGCAGCGAAGAGCGAGGAGAAACGGAUGUUUUCGCAAGCUAAAGUGUGUCUUAUAGGAAAGUUAUGAAAAUGAGAAAAAAAAAUACUUCAACUUAAUCUAAAAUUCGAACUACAGGAUAAUUUUAAUGGUACCAUUUUGAUGUAUACAGUUGGUUGCUUCUGUGUUUAUGGAUCUCUGGAGUCAUUGGAUUUUGUUCGAGAUUGUUUGGAUGAGUUGAGUGUCAAAUCAAAGUAUGACAGUGUUGAUGAGUCAAACCCCAUUCUGAUACUUCCUCCAACAUUCAUCAUCCUGGCCAGAAGUCCAAAUAAUGAAGAUAUUAUUCAUCACCUAAGAAAAGAAGGACAGGAAUUGUGUUCCAGGUAUGGGUGGCCAGUAUUGCUAAGAUUUUUACCAUACAGCAUUCGACCUAAGUUCUGUUGUUUGUUUAGUUGUUUUAGUGGUGUUAUUUGCUGUGAAUAAAAUAGCACUUUUGCAGCCUUAUGUUGAGAAACUCUUGGUUAACACUACUCCUGAAAUGUAAUAAAACUCUGUGGAAUUUAAUAUUACAGACGACUGAGAUUUCCUUGAAAAUAUUAUUACAAUUUAUAUAUCUGUAUAUACCGGUAUUUUUGUUUCUUUCUACUUACUGGAAACUUCAUAAAUUCCACAAUAAUCUUUUACUGGAGAAGCUUAGCAGAGGAUGGGUUGGAAGAAUACAUAUAGGGACUUGCUGCUAUACAUACCAUACAUCUAGGAAAGGGCUUCUCAUAUUAUUAUGUGGUAGACAAAUUUACACAAUUGACCUAAAUCGUAUCAAAUCACAUAGAGGUAGUCCAAAAGGUAUCUCAUCACUAAUUAAAAAAUAACAGGCAUGAAUGCCAGUGUAAAGUUACUGUAGUAUGCUUUGGAAACAAUGUAGAGCCCAUCUCCUGAAUCUAAUGACAGAAAGACUACCCUGGAGAAAUCGCAUAUUGCCUGAUCAAAAGGUCUGCUUAGUAAACCCUUUAUUACUUAAUCCUUGAAACAGGCUGUCAUGAAGAGCCAGAAGGCAGGGAUUUCCCCUGGUAAUGAUGAGCCUGGCUCCUGGCUACUUUCGUAGAAAAAUAAAACCAAAAGAAAUCCUUAGCUGUUUGAUUCCCUGCCUAAUUGUUGUAUUUACCCGGCAACUUGAAAUCUUACUGACAUCCCUGUUGAAGCCGCAACAUUCACAUACAGAUUCUACAGGUUAAUCUCUGUACACUUCCUUAAAGACUUUUUUUGGAGAAUUUGAUAAAAUAUCACAUUAAUUAUUUUCCUUUGGGAGUCAUCUUAUUGCUUCUCAUAACCUUUUCCCAUGAUAAAUGUAUCAAUAUUGUUAGGAGAAAACUUGUGUUUUGUACUAUUCUUUAUUUAUUCUUUUAUAUAAUUACUGGUAAUAUUACACCGUUAUCAUGACUGUAGGUACAAUGCAACCUUCAUCGACAUCCCAGUAGCGCGCUUUUCUGCUGGGAAGAUGAUUCAUGAAACUCAAGUGGUGGAUGCCAUGAGGGGACUGUUAGAGAACUUGAAGCAACAGGCCAGAGCAAACAUGUCAACAGAGGAUUUAAAGGACAGUGAUCCAGACUUGAAGUAAGAAAACUUGUUGACUACAAAAAAAAUAUUAGGGGAGCUGUAAUAGCCUUUCAGCUUAAAUUCAACUUAAGAAAAUGGCUAGACCAAAUUGUGUGAAACGUAAUACAAAUAACUUAAAAUAUUGACUAGAAAAAAACAUUGAUUUUCUGUGCAGUGAAGCUGUGAAGUGGGUAUUUCUUUGCCAACAUUAAGUUUUAUAGUAAGUACAUGACUUGGCUGUAAUUCCUGUGACACGUUCCCUUUAAUGGAGUAAUCAUUUAUUAAUGAUCGUUAAUUAACUAGUUACGGAGGUGUCAAAUGUCUUAUAUAAACGAGCGCACAUUCUUAACCGGUCAUCUUUUGUUAGAUCCGGAGGCGACGCGUAACCUCUUGUCUUCACGUUCGUCGCUCCAAGCUCUUUUCGUAAUGUCACUCUCAGCCGGCGCACGUCCAAAGCGCGCUCCCAAACCAGCGUACGAUCCGGAUUUCCUCUACGAUCUUCCCUCACACUCGUUGUUUUCAGAGGCUCUAGAAGUAGAGGACGAUGCCGACAACAUACCGAAAACAAAGCAGCGAAAGCAGAAGUCCUUCAAAUCCAAAUCACCCACGGUUCCUGACCCUUCGCCGCCGGCAACCUCUUCAGUGGAUUCAGGAAACACGCUCACUUUUGAGCAACAAAUUCAACUUGUCCAGCUCCAGAAAGACAAGCUCGAACUGGAGUUGCAAGUUCUUACUCUGAGCUCUCGGGAACGCCCCCAAGAAAACACGCGCGGCGGUUUCGCCGACGAUGUUACAGAGCCAACCUCCCAACGACGCACUAAAAGACCCAUCGACUGGCCUCACGACUUCGUGCCCAGUGUUCAAGGCGAGUAUGAAAAGUUAAAUCUUGCAGAGUUUGUAGCCGGCUUUUUAGUCAUGAUAAAAACGUAUGAGUCGCAGCUGAAGGAGGCGUUCCUGGUCCACCUCGAAUUACUCAUGAUUAAAUCCAUCAGUUACUCCUGGUCCAGCGUGCGGGCUUUUCAUAAGUUCGUUGCGAAACAAGUGGAGCAGCGCCGUUUGGAAUGGCAAGAUUCCAAGGCUAUCAAUGAUCAGGCCACGACCUUUUUUCGCCAUUCGGAUCUUCGCUCUUCCUCCUCGCAACACGAGAUCGCGCAAGUUUCGCAACCGAAUUCUUGGCAUUCUGGCAAUAGCACACCUUCACAUCAGCAGGCAGGCAAACCCGGUCUAAAGGCAUGUAGAGCGUGGAAUUACACUGGUACUUGUGAUUGCGACAAACAGGACAGUGCAGCCUAUAGCGAACACCAUCGUUGUCGGGUCUGCAAAGCGGAUCAUCCGAUGUUACACUGUCCGAAACGCCGCACACCAAUUCCGGCACAGUGACAAUCAGCUUUACAAGUUCCCAACACAUUAACCUCUUCGAUCCGGAACGGACACGGACACGAAUCUUUCAACACCGCAGCUGUGGUACGUUAUUUACGUGCCUCGCGUUAUCCUCAACCAAAUGCUUUCGGCGCUAAGGUUUUAGUUCCAUCUUCGCUUUUGCUGGCAACGUGGAGAACCUCGCUUGCCGAUUAUCAUGAUAACAUUGUGGUUGAUUUUCUUUCAUACGGUUGGCCCAUCAACUACACUGCCGCUACACGUCCUGUCUCAUCAUCUCAUAAUCAUCCGUCCGCUUCAAACUUUCACUCUCACGUGCAAACCUAUCUGGAUACCGAGCUGUCUUACAAUGCCAUCGCUGGUCCUUUCCCUAAUCCUCCCUUCGCAGACGCCUUUGUGUGUUCUCCGCUUCAAACGGUCCCUAAACGCGGCUCUUCGACUCGCAGAGUGGUUAUGGAUCUUAGUUUUCCCCGAGGAUCUUCAGUGAAUGACGGUAUUCCGCCCGAUACAUAUUUAGGCGAACAGUUUAAGUUGCGUUUACCUGGAAUAGAUCGGCUUGUUGACUUUAUUCUCGCUAAAGGCCGUAACUGUCUCGUGUUUAAGAAAGACUUACGUCGCGCUUAUAGACAGUUUCCUGUUGAUCCUAAGGACUAUAGUCUGCUCGGGUUUUGUUACCAAGGACAGUUCUACUUUGAUACUCGUUGUCCCUUUGGCUUACGAUCGUCGGCACUGAUUUGUCAGCGCACAACCAAAGCCGUCGUUCACAUCUUUAACGGGCAGGGUUUUUCGGCGGAUGUCUAUUUGGAUGACUUUUACGGAGCCGAAUAUCCGUCUCUUGCUCCUCAGGCUUUUUCACAGCUUGGACAAUUAUUCCAGCAACUUGGCUUGGAUUCUUCUCCGGAAAAGGACACGCCACCUUCCACUUCAAUGAUUUGUCUUGGCAUUUCCGUUGAUACUGAAGCCUUCACUCUAGAGGUACCAGCCUCACGUCUGGAGGAUUUACGAGCUGAGCUUAUCAUCUGGAAACAAUCUUCAUCUUUUACUAAGAGACAACUUCAAUCGCUCCUGGGAAAGCUCUCUUUUGUUACGGCAUGUGUCAAGCCUGGGAGAAUCUUCAUGGCCAGACUUCUACAAUGUCUUCGCGAAUGCAAACAUCACGCUGCUAGUCAUCGGUACCCCAUUUCCGCCACUAUGCUCUUGGACAUCCAAUGGUGGUUUGAAUUCCUUCCACGCUAUCACCGCAUUUCACUUAUCAAACCUUCACUGUGGGAUUUCGAGGGCCUGAAUUUCUCCACCGAUGCUUGUCUUCAAGGGGGGGGUGCCACUUGCCAAACACAGUGUAUCAGUUUUGUUUUUCCUGAUUGCAUUUCUCUCCAAUCUCUUCACAUUAAUGCUCUGGAACUGUUCACUAUCGUUGUCGCUCUAAAACACUGGGCUCCUCAGUUACAAGGUCGAAAAUUCAUCGUGGCAUGUGAUAACUCCGCGGCUGUUACGGUCAUCUCAUCCAAUGCAUCAAAAGAUCCUUUUAUGCAGCGCUGCCUACGCCAGUUAUGGUUCACCUCUGCUCUCUUUGACUUUGAAGUCCGCGCGCUCCAUGUUCCUGGCACACACAAUCAGUUUGCUGAUUGUCUUAGUCGCUGGCACUCCGAUCCUUCAGCUCGCGACAGCUUUUAUCGCUUUUGUAGUGACUUUAAUCAAGUUUUCUAUUUUCAAGAUGUUGACUCUGCUUGUUUUUCUUUCGAUGUUGCGUGACACUCUUUUAUUUAGUUUUGUUUUUCUCUUGUAGACCUCCCUCCGGGAUCAGGUCAGCAUUCCCGGUCAGAUGUUUCUAUCGUCACAUUGCAGUCUUUCGUCUCACGUCUCAUCUCCUGUGCACACGCAACAUCGACACAGAAGAAUAUAGCUGCUCAUAUUCGUAGUUAUCGGACUUUUUGUGACCUGAGGGCUCUUCAGUCCUUUCCUAUUAGUGUUAAAUCGAUUAGCUUGUAUGUAGCAUAUUUAGUCGCGCAGAAACGGGCUUACGGUACCGUGCUUAACCAUAUUAGUAGUCUUAAACACGCUCAUCAACUUGCCGGGUCUGAACUCACUUGAGUUCCGAUUACCGCUUUCAGCUUUUAUUACGAGGCGCCAAGCGUUUUCUGGGUGCGGCCGUUUCUCGUAAAUCGGCCAUGACACCUUCAAUUUUGCAUGCCGCGUUUGAUCUUUUCAAUUUUUUCUUUACCGCUACAUGCGGCUAUGUGGGCUCUGUUUUUAGUUGCUUUCUUCACCUUUUUGCGUAAAUCCAAUCUAGUACUCGAUAAUCCGAGGCAAAUCUCCCCCAAGGUUAUCACGCGGGCAGAUUUGGUUUUCACGUCUUCGGGCGCAAAUAUCCAUGUUUCAGCCACGAAGACCAUUCAGUGUCAGCAACGCUCUCUUAUUUUGCCAAUUCCGUGAUUCCUGGCUCUCGCCUUUGUCCGAUUUCGGCUUUGCGACGCCAUUUCGCGCUCAACCCGGGCCCCGUGUCUGCCCCUUUUUUCAGUUUCCUCCGGGUCGGGUUUAGUACCAAUUACUUACAAGCAAUUUUGCGCUUUUCUUUCGCGGGUUAUUUCUACGCUCAAUUUAGAUCCGUCCCUUUACUCUCCUCAUAGUUUUCGAAGGGUGGGGCGACUUUCGCAUUUGAUUGCCAUAUUCCAUCCGAAAUAAUCAAACUGCAGGGAGACUGGAAGAGCGACGCUUAUCUUGUUUAUUUAGAAUUAUCUCAGACACAAAACAGCAGGCAGCCAAGGCUAUGGCCCUAACGCUUCAGUCUAUGUUUUCCGACUAAGUUUUAUUAUCGACUUAUGCCUUAGUCUUUCUUUCAACCCACUACCAACAUUCUCACUCUAGUUUGGGCACUUUGGCGUCUUGGUUUAUUGUCAAGCUAUCGGUCAGCUUUCUCCGCUUGGUUCAAUAAACUUAUUUUGCCCAAACUCUCGUGUCGUCUUGGUAACGUGGGUUGAUUGAGUAAUCAUUUAUUAAUGAUCGUUAAUUAACUAGUUACGGAGGUGUCAAAUGUCUUAUAUAAACGAGCGCACAUUCUUAACCGGUCAUCUUUUGUUAGAUCCGGAGGCGACGCGUAACCUCUUGCCCACCUCUCCCCCCCUUAUAUCUCAGUAUUCUUGUUGAGUUUAUUACCAUAUUGUCCCUUCGUUUCAUUUAAUUUAAUCUAGUUGCGUCUUGGUUUAUUGUCAAGCUAUCGGUCAGCUUUCUCCGCUUGGUUCAAUAAACUUAUUUUGCCCAAACUCUCGUGUCGUCUUGGUAACGUGGGUUGAUUAUUACAAAUGGCAGUUCUUAAGCCAAGUGUAAUCAUGAAAUGGUGAUGGUCAUAGUCUGACAACAAAUUGGUUGCCAGUGCACCCAAAGAAUAUAUUAACUUUUCAACCAAGGGUCAGAUAAAAAAAAAACUUUUUGCCCAUCCAAGCUUUCAAUGUACACAUAUGUGCAUGUAGCUACUCUGUACAUUGCUUGCUUUAGCAAGCUCAAACAAGAGUUUGUUACUGCUAGUCACUGAUCUGUUUGUUUCUUGUAACCCGAAUGACGGUCUUCCUCAGCUGUUUUCUCUUUGUUUUAUUUUAGGAUCAUGUUAUGUGCAAUGUGCGGUGAUCCUUACCCAGUUGAAUUGAUCCUUGGUCCUCUGCUUCAUCAUCAAAACUGUUGGCGAAGUUCAACUAGGCCAGACACCAUCAUCUUGGAAACAUACCUUGGCUUUGAUAAGAGAAGGGUUCAGAUCACACUAACCUCGUAUCACCGUAAGUAGCAGGAGUUAGAAGGAAGAUCUCUUAACCCUUUAAGUCCCGAUAGUGACCAACAGCAAUUUUCUCCUAACGAUAUCCAUACAUUAUCAUGAGAUGAGGUCAUGAGAAUUAAUUAAAUGAUCACCUUAGAGAAAAUACUUUGAUCUUUUAUCAAAUUCUCUCAACUCAUUCUUUAAGGAAAUGUAUAGAGAUCAGUUUGGAGAAUUUGUAUACAGGUUGAUAUUGGGGCUUCAAGGGUUAAAUUCUCUAUGAUGUGCUGUUUGCUUUUAACGAAAAUUAUGAAUGGUAUGCAUUAAUUUGGGCGUUCUGCAUUGUCAAUGUUUAACUUUCAGGGUCUGUUGGUAUUUUUUACUUGUCAUAUUCCACAGUUUAGACUUGUGACCUGUUCAACUACCUUGUCUUUAGAGUCUUGUAAUCUAUUACUCUUUUAUCCCCGGUAUGUACAUGUGUAAGUGACUACUCAAAUGCAAAGAGUUAGUGGUCACUUAUGAGAGUCAAACUGCUGCAGAAGGUCUUCAGGCUUCUCUACUUUAGUUUUAAAGAGUAGCGUAGUACAAACAGCGAACACAAAGACCAGACCAUUGUAUCUGGUAGUUGUUUAGAAGAGCUUAAAAACAAUGGAAAAUUGUGAAACCAUCAUCUUAAAAAGUGGCUGUGGUCGUUUACCAGAGGAUCCAAUGAUUAAGCCUUGACUGGGAAAAGCUUGGUGUUUAGGAUGGUUGGUUGUUUAUAGGAAGUGGUUGCUUAGGAGAUUUGUGGUAGCGAAUGGAGCUUUGACUGAAAUUAAAAUGGAUUGUUGAAUAGAAUAGAGGACUGACCCGUUGUCAACUUUUUUAGGAGCUUACAGUCUUAAUUACCAAAUGUACCAUGGCUACAUCCUGGUGUACUCAGCAAUACGGAAAGCAUCACUUGGAACACUCAGGUAAUCCCCCCUCCCCCCGUCCCCCUUCUCCAUUCCUAAUGUACCACAGCAUUUGUAAUCCACCGCCAUGAGCUGAGAUAACUGCCAAAAUUUUCAGGAAGGCUGAAGCCCGGGGGGGUACUGCCAUAUAUGGGCCAUAUAGGUAUGUGCCGCUGUGAAGGGUAUGGUUUUCAAGCAGUUUACUCUAGGAUAGGGUAUAUAAAUCAGAGCGUUUGGGUCUAGAAUAGGGUAUCAUUUUUCAGGAAACUGAUCAGUUGGUUGAAGAUUUUAUCUAGACUAGGUAAACAGCUACUCUAGGUUAGGGGGAUUUGGGGAGUUUACUCUAGUAUAGGGUAGCAAAAUUCAGCUGAACUAGCUCUAGUAUAGGUUAAGGGUUCCAGGGUCCCAGCGGCACAUCCCCACCCAGAAAUUCCUAAAGUACCCCCCCCCCCGGGGGGGGCUGAAGUCAUCCUUAAUACAAAUUUCUUAGGGAUUCAUAAUUGCUGGACUGUGAAGGUGGAAGAUUUUCCUCUUUUUUUUCUCAUUCUUCAUGGAGACUACAAAUUAAUGCAGUUUUCGUUCGGGUCAUUGAAGACCUGGAAGGUCAUAAAAUGUAAGAAUUAAUUCCCCAGACCUGGGAAGUCAUGGAAUUUACUUGUUGGUCCUGGAAAGUCAGGGAAAAUGUUAGUUAUGUUUUGUAGGUUAGUUGCUGCAGAUGUCAAAGCAAGGACAAUGUGAGAUAGAGACGAGUUAUUAAACAGCGCAAGCAGCACGCAUUUUGCUGGACGCCAGAGUUCGUUUCUUUUCAACUGAGUUGGGUCAAAGAAUACCCUGAAACUAGGAAGGUUUUGAAAAUUUCCGAAAGUGACAGCUAAACCUAAGGUCACGGAAAACUUGAAAAGGUCUUUGAAAAAGUUAUGGAAAGUCAUGGAAUUUUAAGAGCUCAAAAGAGUACGAACCCUUUAAUUAUACUUGGUUCUGUAGAUAUGUAACUAUCGAAGCCGCUCAUCAGAAUGUUUCUUUGCUUGUGUGACUGAUUUUUUUGUCAAAUUUUGAUUUUUUUUCUUACAGUGGCUUCUCAAGGUUCAUUCCUCAAGUACCUAUACAGGUGCUAGCUGUAACAGGGAGCGCGUCUGGAGCCAGUGUUGUGUUCCACAGUCAUGUGGCGGCUAGCUUAUUGGCUGACGGCACCAAUCUUGCCAGUAAACUCUUUGCCAAAUUUCAAACAACUUCUUCUCAAUUCCAGCAUCAGGGUAUCUUUUUUCUUUCCUUUUUAUUUUGUACAUGUUUGCUGAGUUGCAUCAAAAUCCUAAGAUAGGGCGUUGUAAAAAAGUGCUAUCCUUGUGACCAUAAUUAUGCGUGUUUGACCAAGUUUGUUUGUUAAAACUUGAUCAGUGAACUAGGACUUAUAUGGCCAAAAAAGUACUCUUUUGUUGCCAGAAAGAGUGAUCGUUCCUGAUCGGGCAAGGUAACCCCAUCCCGCGCGCUCGGGUAGCCAAUUAGAACAAAGAGUAAACUUCAUCUUGGCCUUCGCGGAACCAGCCUCAUGUUCAGAUAUAUGUUGUAGUUAAUUUUUUGUGUCAGGUAAUUUUUGUUUUCUUUUUUGGGGGGUAUGGUAUUGUAUGCUAAUGAAGUUGAAACAAAAGAAAAACAAAAAUUACCUGAGAUAAAAAAAUUAACAUUAUUAACAUUGACAUUAUAUAAUACACACUUACAUCUGCCCAAAAAAGCCCGUAAAAGUUAAGUUUUUCACAAACGCGAGCUUUAAUCUCAAGGAUAUUCGUAAAUUUUUAUAUAUGUUUACUUUUUUGCUGUAGUUGGUGCGUUUGCUGCGUUCUUCAAUCAAGUCUGGGAGAAGAAAAGAGACAGCGAGUUGGCGUAUCAAAAGUUUAUUAACGAGCAACAACUUCGGCAGUCGCAGAAACAGCUGCAAAAUUCCAUUCGCCGCAAGCACGACCCUCUGCCGGAACCCCCUAGCAAGAAACCCGUGAACGUCGAAGACGAGAUUAACAGAAGACGAAGCCUCAGUGAGAGACAGACAGUGUCGCCAAAACUGUUUCAGCGAAUGUCUGAAGGAACGUUGGACGAAUCGGAAAUCAACCCGUAUGCUGUGUAUCAGAGGGGGAACCAGAUCCCAGCUUACAGUUCCAUAGAAGACGUAAAGAGCACAAGCCAGGCGAGAGACUCGAGCGGCAGUGACGAGUUAAAGCCUUACGCUACAUCGACGCCCACCGCGCUUUUCCUCAGUUUGCAAAGGGGUGGUGGUAUAACCAGCGGCACACCGCAAAAUAAUGAAGUUUGGCAGAAGAGAGAAAACAAGACAGAAGAGCUUUACGCUCAGGUCGAUCUUUCCCGGAAGCGCUCGUUCCGGAAGUCCAAAGAACUAACCACGAUGAACGACAGCGAGGUGAACUUGAUCGAAAACUCGCUCUACGCGAACGCUAAUCUCCUCCAGCAGCAAAAAACUGCCCGAGAGACCCCUACAGCGGCGGUGCACGACACCCCACCACCCCUGCCUAAGAGGAACUACAAUUUGAGUGAGGAUUUCCCUCCGGCGGAUUCGGGGACAGACACGCUGAGGAGCAAUGAUGACGAGGGGUACAACACUUUCAAGAAUGAGGACCGCAGAGAAGAGAACCACUACUCUACAGUAGACGAUAUUAGUCCCAGACCUUCCUCCAUCGCUGUGGAGGAUCCUUAUGCAUUGCGAGUGAAGGAAAAGAUCAAUUUCUUUAACAAUAAAGUGGCCAUUCCGACACAGGAUGUUUGGGUGAAGAUGAACGCUCGGCAGAAGGACAUUCACACAUCUGUGCCUGAUCUGAACCGGAAGGGCUCUGAGGUAGAGGCACCGCUUGCACAGCAGGAGGUAUGACAUGGUGACCUUAUGUAGCUUGUAUGAGGUCAUUUGCAAAACUAACACGGUCCCAGCAGUUUAUAACGCUAUCCGGAUAGAUAUCUAUGCUGCAUUGAAUAACGAAGUGGCGUCCCUAAUACUUACAAAUUUAAGAGGCUGUUUCUCGUAUUUGUUAUGCAACUGUUAAUAUAAAUGGAUUAAUUAUUUUCACAUAAAAGCGUUAUUCUUUAACUUCCAGUAGAGUUAAAGGAAAACUGUAUAUAGCGGUCACACGGUCAUCUGCCAAGGGUGACCGCUAUACGUAAGUUUCACUGUACUUAUCCGCUGGAUAGAAAUGCGCUAUCCAGAGUUUGAACAACCAGCGCCUGAAAGUUUCUUUGCUUUGUCUUAAUCCGUCUUAGAAAAAGUUCUCUGGGUUGGAAAUUCUACUCCCCACCCCCCUGACCACGAGCCGAAACUAUCCUCGUAACCCCGCUGAGUAAAAGGGUCCAGUUACGUGAACAUGAAGUCACUUAACAAACCAACCUUUUUUGGUUCAAAAAGUGGAUGAGUCAGAACGGCGUGUUAUUUCGCCAUAUUGACCACGUUGAGUGAAAGGGUCCAGUUAACGUGAUCGUGUUAUUCUUUCAGGAUGUGAGCGAUCCAGAAUAUGCACAAGUGCAAGACGCUUUAAAAAACAAAUUAAACAUCUCGGACAAGCCACGGCCGACAAUUUACGCUGUGGCUAUCGUGGAGGAGCCCAAUGCAUCGGAUAAAAAACCCAAACAGCACGCAAAAGUCACGCUUAAAAGUUCCUUGAGACUGUCGCAUUCCGCUGAGGAUGUUAGCACGAUCGAGAGGAAAUCCCGGCGAGGUAGGUGAUGACCAAUUUACGUUGGUGGUGAUAUCACAGCGGUGAAUGAGUUUUGGGGGCACUUCUGCAGCAUGUGAGGAGGAGGAUAAUUUGUAGCCUAAGAAAACAGCCGACAUCUGGCGACGCAACCACUUGUUUCCCCGCCAAAUGACGUCUGAGAAAGGAGCGCAGAAAUUCCAUACUGAUGACGCGUCACUACCCACAUUUGGGUAGUGCUUCUGAUUGGUCGUGCCGCGUAGGAAAUUUGAUUUAACCAAUCAGAGGCACUACCCAUAUCUGGGUAGUGACGUGUCAUCAGUAUGGAAUUUCUGCGCUCGUUUCUCAGACUUCAUUUGGCGGGCAAACCAGUGCCACUGUCGCCAAAUGUCGGCUGUUUUCUCAGGCUCGAUAAUUUGAUUCACCCCCAUUCUUCUUGUGGCUCCCCGGCCAAAACGAAAUCACUCGUGAAGUAAGCGCCCCGGCGCGGUAAUCUUACCUACCAUUCUUUCCACGGUUCCAUCGCUAAAGCAAAAGCAGUCGACCUUGCUCCAGCACUAGUAAAAAUUUGGCUGGACUUGAAAAUCCACUGUUUUUUUUUUCAGUCGGCGUUAAGAGGUUAAAUGCAAAAAAUUAAAGGAAGAACUGAUUGACUGGCUUAUACCAGUAGGUGGCUUAAGUAAUCACAUCACGGUUUUGUCAACGAAAUUUAACUCAUAAUGCGCAUUUGCGUUAUUAAAAUUCAUCGCGAUUUCUCCAGUUCUUCGAGAACUCCAGUUUUCAAAAACGUCUCAUUAAAAUGUUAUGAUCCAGAGAUGAUUCAGAGUGUGGGUGUAAGGUGGUACCUCACCAGCGCGGGUACUACAUGUAGGUCGCGGAAAAGUUAAGGCUAUGAGGCCAAAAUAGGUUUGUCUUUAGAUGAUGUGUUGUUGCUGAUGACGGUAUAAGUAGUGCUUGAUUCUCUUAAGAAGGGUUUUAAGAGCAUCAACUUUGGUUUACAGACACUUAUGGUCGACCAGUUCUCGGUCCAAGACGCGAUAAAAGAGGGGACAGUAAUACUUCAGAUCAAGGGACUGGUGAUGAGGCUACUCUGCCCAGAACAGAAGAGCUGCGACCGGUAAAGAAGAAGUAUGUGAUUCGGCGGUCACGGAGCACGCAACGCAGCCCAGCCAACACGCCUAAGGUACCCACCGAGAUACACAAGAAACAGCUUUUCUCCGGACGGAAAUCAAGUAAGUACAGUGAACAGCUGGGUAUCUUCAUCCGGACCGUAGGGAUAGGUUCAUGAUCUUUAGGUGGCAUGUACUGUAGCUUGUAGUUUACCGCGGUAGGGGCUUGCUCAGUCGGUAGAGUGCUGACCUCCUCAGCGGUAGGUCUUGGAAUCGAUUCCCGGGGCAGGAUCGACUCCCAAGGUCUUGAAGUGAUUGAGAAAUAAAGGUACAUUGUACUAUCGUUUAGCCUGCAAACGGCUAGAUUACAUAGAAAUGACUGAUCUGUAUCCAGAGUGAGUAAGGCACAUAAUAACAGCCUCGUCAAUUACAGUGGAACGAAGUCCUCGGUAUAACGAACGACAUUCUUCGUCCCAGUAAUAGAAAAUAUACGGAAAAGAUACUCAAUUUAAUGAAACCUCGAUAUUGGACCGAAAUUAAUUUUUGGAGGUGAGUUGUGUCCUUAAGGCCCUAAAGAAAAUUGCAAAGUAAUUUUCAGUUGAAGCGAUCAUAUUUCGAUAAAAAGGUGCGGGCAAUGAGUGAUGUAGGUAGAAACUUCAUAUCCUUUGGCUUUGUGUUUACUAAUUUUUAGCCAAGAAAGAAUCUAGGAGGACUGGUACCAUGUCCUCAAGCCAGGAAGAUGAGUCAACCUUGGAAUUCACCAAGGAUAAAAACAAGCACAAAGGACCAUUCAGGGUAGGUACUAGAAGUCAUGAUAGGCUUAACUCACCCAAGUCUUUUUUGUCACCACAGUAGGAACUCCCCCGUGAAGUUCGCUUUUAAUUCCCAAUCUUUUGCGUAUCGUUAUUGCAGCCCAAUCACUUGGAUAUUCCUCGGCGAGAAUCAGAUCUCGGGACAGAAGAGGUACGUACUCACCUACCGUCAAUCUUCUAUUUAGCCCGUCCCCGGGGGGGUUACUUAUUAUUUUUUUUAAGUCAAGCACGUUUGGGUGGGGGGGGGGGGCUGCUUAUUUCAAAGAGGGGAUUAUUUAAUUAGCGAAGAUGAUACCAAUUCUCCAUAAAAACUAGAACGCAAAGUGGAAAGGCUCUGGCACAAGAAGCUGAAGGUCGUGCAGAAUAUCAUAAAGAAAUCCUAACUUCCAGCACGUGAAUAAAUCAUACCGGAUCAGUCCAUACAGUCUAUCAUUUUAGAAUAAAGGUGUGUGUGGGGGGGGAGUCAAAAAGAGAUGGAGGCUAAUUAGCUUUCUAUCCCUGAAAAGCAAUUAAUGGAGUGGGGCUUAUUGGAGAGGAGGGGGUUUACAAGAGGUUUGUCCGACCAAAGUGGUGUCGUGAUUUUAGCCGGAGCUAAAAGCUUUGGGCUUACUUCUCCAACGGACUCGUCUGGAGAUUAGCGAUAGUAGCGCAGAUUGUAAUUGUACACACGUACUCACGUUGUCCUUUCCUCCGUGAAAUUACGGUUUUGUUUAAAUUUUGUAGGAAACAGAAGAUGAUCCUGGUUCACCGUUAGGACACAAAACAAAAAAAUCGGUAAGUUUUGUGGUAUAAUUUUGAAACGGUCUGCAGUACUGGGGACGUCGACGGAUUGGUCAUAUGUGUUGUUACCUGAGUUUCAGGAAUGGAGACGGUAUCCACUUGAUGAUCACGCGUUGUGUAACGAUACGAAACGUCCUAAUAGCAGCGAGGAAAGAAGAGAGACUGCUGUAUUCAUAGGCUAGAAAUGUACCUGUCUAGAGUUUUGAUGCGGAACUCUUGGCAGAUCAUUAAACUGGAUCACAUCGCUAAAUUAAACAAGUUGAUCAGGCUUAAAAGCCUGAUGAACCUGUCAUAGCUUUCACCCGCGGUAGCGCAGAACUUUCAUCCGUAAAAAGGUUAUUUGCACAAUUCCUUUUUGCAGUAGUGGUGCCUACACUGUAGUACCCUUUACGUAAACGUUUCUUAGCUUGAAGUGGUUUUGCAUUUGUUUUAGGCGUGGUCUUCAUCGAAAAAGAAGACACCACGCGAGGAUCGCGAGGCCUUGAAGCAGCGAAAGAAGGAAGAGAAGAAGUCACGCGAAGAGGAAAAACGCCAGAAACGCGAGGAGAAAAAGAAGAGAAAAGAUAAAGAGAAAAUUGACAAGUUUUUCGAAAGCAGACAGAAAAAAGUCACCAAUUUUACGUAUUUCGCUCAGCCGCUGGAAACAAUUUGCGAUACUGAAUCCCAUGUUCCUGUGUUUGUGGACAGGUGCAUCGAUUUUGUGGAAAACGCAGGUAUGCCCCGCUUAUUCUGUUUUAUUUAAUUCCAGUUCUAGCAAGUGACGAUUAGGGAACAGUCAAGAUCAUUGAGGCCGAUGAGGAUCAACAGAAAAUUGCAUCGUUUAGUUUUAAGUCCAUAAAAUCAUAUUCUUUAAUAAAGUAAACACCCGCGUUUAAGAACUACAAGAAUUACAGUAAUAAUUUUGUUUGUAAUUACGAUUAAGGACAUUAUUUUCUUGUAAUAUCAAAGACUAAUUGGCAAUCUCGAAGUCAAACUCCCUGGUUAAAAGAUUUAUCAUAAUUUACCUGUAACCCGAAUAUAACAGGUUCUUAUAUUUUUGGGUAUUUAAGUGCCAAAUUUCUGCCAGCAGGUUCUUAAACCACUAGAUUCCUUUUAGCUGGCGUUCACUGUGUUCAGUAUCAGGCGAAUGAACGUUCAGUCUUCGUCUGUGCUAUCCAGUGCUCAGUUUGCUUUUCCUUCUUUGAUCCGAUGUUUCAGAGGCCUUUGUUCAGUUUUCACCUUAGUUUCAUCCUCUAAUAUAAAGUUAAGGUGUACUCCCGAUCUGCUCCUAGCCUCCUUCGCAGCCGCUCUGGCCAGCGUCACGCAAUGCUUGGGAAGGGAAGCAUUGCGUGACUCUGGCCCGAACGACUGCAAAGGAGACUAAUCUACUCCAGACGUAAGAGAGUGUGUGUCCACGACUUCUUUGUGGUCAUCUGAAUCCAUACGAAAAUUGUCAUCAUCCACCUCAUUGCUGCGGCGAUCCAGGUGUUUGCUGGCAAGAGAUUAUGAACUAAAUAGGGCUAUUUUUCUUUUCCUUUUGAAGGAAUGCAAGUUGAGGGAAUUUACAGAGUAAACGGUAAUCAAGCGGACAUUGGCCUCAUCGAGCAAAAAGUGGAAGAAAGUAAGUACAAGACACACUGUAUAAACGGUCCAAUAUACUAUAUAUUAAUUUUACACGAGUAAAAAGGGAGUCCCCGAACUGACUUGUUACAAUGUGUGCGACAGAAACGAUGAGUCCUCCAGCAGAGAACUUAAUGUCAUACUUCGAAAAGGACAAUCGGGUCUAGCCCGAUUGUAGACACACCCUGGAGUUUUCCUUAUUCGUCAAUGACAUUAAUCUAAUUGUACUUCCACCUCUCUGUAUCAGACCACGGACUUGAGUUGGCCGAGCUGGGGGUCGGAGUUCAUGCAGUAACAGGCGCCUUCAAGUCUUUUUUGAAGUUACUACCCGAACCUGUCAUUCCAAACUCACUUCAGAGUGCCUUACAUGAUGCAAUGGGUGAGUACAGAGAAGUGUUUAUAGACUCGAGCUAUAUUCACAAAAAACCGAAUAGCUUUUGCGCCUGCACAAAAAUUAUACAGGAUAGGGCUUUUGUUCACGCACGAGAACGGUGAUUACGGCGUUAUUUCCGUAACGGAGCGAAAUUGCUCUCCACUUUAGAGAUCGGUGCGACGCAUAACAAUCAACAAACUGAUUUGUUGCAAGAAAGGUCAUUGACUUGUGAGUGGUAACACGCGCCACAUGGCCUCUCGUCUCAUUUUGCAGCAAUGUCGCAAAACAAGUUGCACAUUUUUGUUGUUCGUUUUUCCGUACCUUAAUUGUUACAUUGAGUAGCACAGUCAUUUUGAGAGUCAUUUUUCGUCCAAAUUGGUUUUACGUAGACUUACACAUGUAACAUUUGUUAAUAUCCGAAAUCGAGGUAACCUAUUCCAGGCAUCCAGUUAGUGGAGACGGCGCAAAGAAAUAUGAAAAUUUUUAUUCCUCCGCUCUUAAUUUCACGCCACUCUCUACUAUCUGAACGCUUGGAACAGGCUAAAACCGAGGGAGAGCGAAGAUUGGCAAAUGCCAGCCUUUGCAAGGAUUCGUUUGCAUUCGGUUGCAACUCUAAAUCUUGUUCGGCCUGCGUUGUGAAAAAGUUUGCAUCGGCUUGAAUUUGUUGCUGCACAUUUUCUUGAACACCUUAGCGAGCAGCUCGGUGCAAUCUUCAAUUUGUGUUCGAACGACAACCUUAUUUUCUGACUUACCUUUGUAUUUUUCAGUUCAUGUUGAUGCCAAUGACCGUUUAGCUCGACUGAGGCAGAUUCUUCACGAUUUGCCGCCCCAUAACUUGGCUGUGGUGAAGCGCAUCAUGUUUCAUCUUAACCGGUACGUUGCUUUAAUAAGAAAAUCGCAACUGUUGCGGUAAAGUGUCGAAUUUUAAUCUCAGGUUUACAUUGGAUAAAUAAUGUCCGAACGGUCCACAACAUUGCAUGUAUAAUACUGACAACAAAAAAGCUGUAGCCGAAUAAUCGUCAAAACUCUACCAACGGUUCUAAACGAGCCAGUGAUCAGUACUGCUUUUAAGCAGUCGUUACCGCGUGUUCAAAUGGUCGGCAUUUCCGAGGAUGAUAAACCUUUCAUUUACCAUAUGUGAUUAGCCGGCAAUCUGGUGUACCUUAGCCUGCCGUGUCCACAUUUGGUGCCCAAACACCAGUCCCUGGGUUCCAACACCAAAUGGUGCAGUGUUCACACACUCUGUGUAUCCGAUAUGUAUCUAUUUGUUGUUGUUACGUGAAUACAAGUCACGCCUGGCUACUGGCACAAAAUGGUUCUGUGUCCACACACUGGGCACCUAAUACUACACGUUUUCAGACACCAGUUUUUGAGUGAGGUAGUAGUGAGUUAUGGGUGUGCUAUGAAGUGGAUUGCCUCGAAACUAACAAGAAACACGCACACAGGGAUUCGUUGUGUGCCUCACUGGAAGCUUUCGUCCUUGUACCGAAUUAUUGCGAGGGUACUUGAAGAAGGAGGUUGUUCAUAUUAGUGCCCAGCGGGUAUCCUAAUCGGGCAUCGAAGCCGGGCACCAAAUGCGCGCAUGGCCUAAAGUCUCCCAAGUUUCGAAUAAUGAAUUACUGUUGGUUUUCAUUUCAGAGUCACGGAAUAUUCAAAAGAGAAUCUCAUGGAAGCUAGAAACUUGGCUUUGGUGUUGUUCCCUACAAUAAUUCGGCCAGAUUUCACCCGUUUGGAGAUGUCAAGUCAAAUGUACUUUAUUUUGUUCAUUCAGACGUGUAUAGAAAAAUGCGACUAUCUGUUUUCAACGGACCAAAAUUGA